GAAAUGAAAACUACACAUCCGUUUUAGUAUUCUCAGAUGUGAAUAAAUGUACUUUAUCAUGUUUUUAUGCUGCUGACUUAUUAAAAAAUACUUUAAAAGGGUAACCGUUAAACAGCUAGGACCUGCAGCUUCAGUGCUUCUGAGAUAAGCUGGAACAUCACAAGGAGAGACUUCAUUUCAGCACGAUCACAUCUCAGCUGAGCCCCUCAGCCCAUAUUCACAUGCAUUUCCUCCAUCGGCAGUUGUCAGCAGACCGUUUUCCUCCUAGGAUGGCGGACAGUCUCCCCACAGAGUUUGAUGUGGUUGUAAUAGGAACAGGUUUGCCAGAGUCUAUCCUUGCAGCUGCAUGUGCAAGAAGUGGUCAGAGAGUUCUGCAUAUUGAUUCAAGGAGUUAUUAUGGAGGAAACUGGGCUAGUUUCAGCUUUUCUGGAUUACUAUCCUGGCUGAAUGAGUAUCAGCAAAACAGUGGCAUUGGGGAAGAAAGUAUUGCUACAUGGCAAGACUCAAUCCAUGAAACAGAAGAAGCCAUCCCUCUUUGCAAGAAGGAUAAAAGCAUCCAACAUACAGAAGUUUUUUGUUAUACCAGGCAAGAUAUGGAGGACAGGGUUGAAGACAUUGGUGCUGUGCCAAAAAAUCCUUCCUCAGUGGCAUCUAGUACCCUCACAGAACCUCUGAUUUCUGCAGCCUUCCCCAAAGAAAGGCACUCAUCAGACUUUGCUCACUACGAAAAGUCUGCAAAACACACUCAAAAAAAUGAAACAGAGAUUUCACUUGAAGUAACUGAUAAAGAAGAAUCACUGGAGAAAGAAAAGUAUUGUGGAGACAAAACUUCUGCACACACAGUUUCAGAUGGAGAUAAAGAUGAAAACAACCCUAAAGAAGACAAUACUGACCAACAAAAAAGAAAUAGGAUUACUUAUUCUCAAAUAAUUAAAGAAGAGAGGAGAUUUAAUAUUGAUUUGGUGUCAAAGCUGCUAUAUUCUCAAGGAUCCUUAAUUGAUCUUUUAAUCAAAUCGAAUGUUAGUCGUUAUGCAGAAUUUAAAAAUGUCACCAGGAUUCUUGCAUUUCGGGAAGGGAAGGUGGAACAGGUUCCUUGUUCUAGAGCAGAUGUCUUUAAUAGCAAAGAACUCACCAUGGUUGAAAAGAGGAUGCUAAUGAAAUUUCUUACAUUCUGUCUAGACUAUGAGCAGCAUCCUGAUGAAUACCAAGAUUUCAAACAAUGUUCAUUUUCAGAGUACUUGAAAGCUAAAAAACUAACCCCCAAUCUCCAACAUUUUGUGCUACAUUCAAUUGCAAUGACAUCAGAAACCUCAUGCACUACAUUAGAUGGUCUUAAAGCAACAAAAAAUUUUCUUCAGUGUCUUGGACGGUUCGGCAACACUCCCUUUUUAUUUCCUGUGUAUGGUCAAGGUGAAAUCCCCCAGUGUUUCUGCAGAAUGUGUGCAGUUUUUGGUGGAAUCUACUGUCUUCGUCAUAAAGUACAGUGUCUUGUAGUUGACAAAGAAUCUGGAAGAUGUAAAGCCAUUAUAGAUCACUUUGGUCAAAGAAUAAAUGCUAAGUAUUUUAUCAUGGAGGAUAGUUACCUUUCUGAGGAAACAUGCUCAAGUGUGCAGUAUAAGCAGAUCUCAAGGGCAGUGCUCAUCACAGAUCAGUCUCUCCUAAAGACAAAUUCAGAUCAGCAGAUUUCCAUUUUGAUAGUGCCUCCAGUGGAAGCACAAACUUGUUCUGUUCGGGUCACAGAAUUAUGUUCUUCAACUAUGACAUGCAUGAAAGACACGUAUCUGGUACAUCUAACCUGUUCAUCUUCAAAAACGGCACGAGAAGACCUAGAACCGGUGACGCAGAAAUUAUUCACUCCUUAUGCUGAAACAGAAUUGGAAAAGGAAAGGUCCACAAAACCAAGACUCUUGUGGGCUCUUUAUUUUAACAUGAGAGAUUCCUCAGGAAUCAGCAGAAGCUCCUAUAAUGGCUUACCUUCCAAUGUUUUUGUCUGCUCUGGGCCUGACUGUGGCCUGGGAAAUGAGCAUGCAGUCAAGCAAGCCGAAACACUUUUUCAGGAGAUCUUUCCAGGUGAAGAAUUCUGCCCUCCACCUCCAAAUCCAGAAGACAUUAUCUAUGAUGAUGAUGACAGGCUACUGGAGGCUUCUGGAACCAGUGAUACAACAAUGGCCAAACAAGAAUCCUCUGAGGACAGCAAAAACUUAGAAAGUCCAGAGAAGCAGCUUCAAAAUUAGAAGAAAAAAGAAGUGGAGAUCCUCUUCAUCUUGGCAUCAGAAUGUUCUCAUCUAAAGGCCAUGUUUCCAUAUGAAUAAUUGGAAGUGGUUAUAUGGUGAAUGCUCUGCAGAGCUUGUCUUUGACUCUGCUUAGGGUAUUCAGGUUCAGGUGGUUUUUAUUAACCUGUCACUAAUUGACUUGUCAGUUGUUGGAGUCUUUGUUUCAGAAUCUGCUCUGUGAUCAGAAUCUUUAAACAGGGAUACCUUUGUUUUAAUAUUGUAUGUAUUGAGUUCCAUGUUAGCAACUUUACUUAAAGAUAAUAUUGUAUAUACUAUUGAUCUUCAGACUGUCAUUUUCUACAGGACAAUAAAUAGGAUCUUAGGAAUAUUUUAGUUACUUUGGCAGCUGUUGUGUUGCUAUCACAUCUGUUUGAACAGUGAAAUACACAAAUAGAAAAUUAUGUGGGUCUUUGUAUAUAAUAUAAAAACGCAGAGUUUGUAGUAGGAAUAUCAAUACAAGUGCCAAUAUGAUAAAAGACAUUUGUUUAUAUUUGUUAAAAGAUUAGCUGUGUGUGAUUCUUUAUUCUUUGUGAAGAAUUUUACAUUUUGCCAUUUAUUUCACCUACUUGACCCUUAUAACUGAUGGGGCAGUGAAGCCAUCCAGCAUUGCUUUCUACUUUGUGAAAAUAAUCUGAGUUCACUUAACUGAAGAGCUCAGAAAAUUCCUGCAGACUCCUGCUCUAGCACAUGACAGAAAAGGACUUCCAACGAAUAACUCAGGCCCAAAGGAAAAAUAAAUCACCUCAGGAAAAGAUGGUUCAGAAUGGCUGUUUGAAAUUCCUGAAAAGGAAGUCCUAUGGAGAAACAGGAUGAGUCACUUUAAAAUUUGAGAUUACGGCCGGUUUUAAAAACCCUCUGUAAGUAGAUUACCUGCAGUUUUCUCAGGGUGAAACCUAUUCCUUGUUGGUUCUACCACCUUAAUUAGCAGCGUUGACUGCAAUUAAUAGGAAUAAGUCAGAGGAGGAUUUAUCGUGCUCUUUGCUUGUAUCCCACCCCACAAAUAGGUAAAUAGUCUUCAUAAUCACGUCUGCCUCUUGGCUGUGUUCUGGAGAACAAAAACUUCGCAGAACCACUAGAAGGCACAAAACUGACUCUACUUCAGUGGAGCUAUCAGGAGAGGUUCCUCAUUUAGUCUCGUAUCUGUUCUUCAGGCACAGAAUGGUGGUCCUAUAGGAGGCAAGCCCUUUCUCGAACAGAGCAUUCACUGUGUGCCAGGCAUUUAAUAUCGUGCUUUCUCACUACAGCUUCUCAGUAACAGUGUGAAGCAGAUAUUAUGCCAUACACUUUUAAAAAGAGACGAUGGAAACAGUUAUUUAUAAUUUUCUCAGUGCACUGUGUACAAGAGCCAUCACUGGAGCCCAACAGGAUUACAAAGCCCUUUUUUCUAUUGUUCAUGGUUACAAUAGUAUACAUACUGUAUUAGAAGGAAAAGGUGCCCAUGAAAAUCAGAAUCUAAUAUUGCUGGGGGGAAAAGUGGACAGACGUCAGUCUUGCAGUUGACUAUUGCAUAAGAGAAAUAUGAAGAUGAAGAUUAAUUAAAAGUAAAUAUAUGUUAAAGCUACGAAUCUCAUAGAAGCAGAAUUUGGCUAAGUUUUAACAGAAUAAUGCUCUUCAGUAACAUAUCUGUUGGGCUGAAGAUUAUGUUAUAUCAAACAACUAUUAAUUGGCCAAAAUAUACUCUGAAUAGUCUUUUGUUGCUCUUCUAAUAUGAGGGAAAUAAGACAGACUUAGAUAGUGGACAGCUUAUUAUUAAGUAGAAAAGUCAUUGAUUGGUAUCAAUACUGGUUUUCUUAAAUAUAGUAAAAAGGUAUGAUUGAGUGGAUCCUAAAGUUUAAACCUAUCAAAACAAGUGAGAUGCCUGAACUGACUUACAAAAUAGUAAUUAAAAUAAAAAGAGAUUUAAGAUAUUAAAAAGGAGGUGAAAAUAAUCCAGAUCUACUGAAAAGUUUUUCACUUUCAUUGAUUUUUUUAAGUUUCUCACAAUGUGAUAAUUACUUAACUAAAAUUAUAUCUAUUGGGAAAAUAUAUAUAAGAAACAUUUCUCAAAUAGAAAUUAAUAUAUUAUUUAUAUAUUAAGCCUGUCACUGCAAUAAAAUAUAUAAAACAAAGAUAAAGGAUAAAUAUUAUUUUCUGUUAACAUGGCUUUAUAAUUAGCUAAAUCUAUAGUAUCUUGUAAAUAUACUAUCAAUAAAAGGCCAAUUCAAGAAGUUGCAGGAGAAACAAUUUUUUAAAUUAAUAUUAUUUCUAGAUUCCAAUAGUGACGGCAAUUUAAAAAGUGCUUGGGUAUUAAAACAUGUGAGCCUUUUAAAGAAAAUUGUACUGGUGUGUUGGGAUAAAUUAGGUAAGAUAUUUAAAUAAAAGCAGUUGAAGAAACUAAAUUUAAAAUGUGAUCAUACUUCCAUAAGAGACAUCCUGGUGUAAAGAAAAAUGAUAAAUGGGGAGUCUUGCUGCAUUGCUUACCAGUAAUCUGAUCUUGGGAGAGUCACUCUUAGUUCCAUUUUGUCAUCUAUAAAAUGGAAAUAAUAUUGCACAAAAUUGUGAGGAUUAAGUUAGAUAAUGUAAAUGAAAUGACAUCCAAAGGAGUGCCAGCAUGUGUUAAUAUGUGGACUUAGCAAUUCCAUUUAAUAUUCCAGUUAGAUGCUUUAUGUAAUUUGACAGAUUUGUGGCAAAUGAUCUUAGAAGAGUGAGCAAAGUUUGUGUUUUAAAAAAGAAAAACUGGGAAAAAUGGGAGCAUAAGCAUGGUAUUAAGUAACCUUGCUAAGUAUCCUGUAGUACUGAGUAGAAAGUUUAAGACUAAUAAGGCAGUUAGGAAGAAAUACUUAAAAUUGUUGGUGAAAAGAUUAGCUGAAUGUCAUUAUGGGGAAAGCUAUUAAAUGAUCCACUUCAUGUAUGAUAAUGAAGUUUAUUCCAGAUGAAUUAAAAUGUUAGAAAGGUAAAAAUAAAAAGACAACAAUUUUCAUCCCAGUACUGGCACAAAGGAACCUUAUGGCAAUGAAAAACAGUUAUUGACAAGGUAGAUCAACUAAUUCAUGCCAUUAGAUUAGCCAAAAGCAAAUUUUGCAUGUGCCCUUAUAAAGAACUACUUAAAUAAAUAUUUAGAAGCCUAUAACAAGAGCUCUGUAACUUUUUUUUUUUUU